AUGGAUCCGAGAUAUGAUAUACCGCGGAGGGCCGCCGGUGUUGGCGGGGGCUCCGGGAACUCGUCCCCCGCUCUGGGGGCUCAGUCGCGCCGCAGGAAGAUGCCUCCAAGACCCGCUGAUUUUAAACUUCAGAUUAUCAUUAUUGGCUCCCGUGGUGUUGGUAAAACCAGCCUCAUGGAGCGAUAUACAGACGACACUUUCUGCGAAGCUUGCAAGUCGACAGUAGGAGUUGACUUCAAAAUCAAGACAGUUGAGCUGAGAGGAAAGAAGAUCAGAUUACAGAUAUGGGACACUGCUGGCCAGGAGAGGUUCAACAGCAUCACAUCAGCCUACUACAGAGGCGCCAAGGGAAUAGUGCUAGUGUAUGAUAUCACGAAGCAGGAGACCUUUGACGACCUUCCCAAAUGGAUGAAAAUGAUAGACAAGUACGCCUCAGAGGAAGCAGAGCUUCUCCUGGUCGGUAACAAGCUGGACUGCGAGACCGAUCGUAUCAUCUCCAGACAGCAGGGAGAGAGGUUUGCCUCUCGAAUAAGUGGAAUGCGCUUCUGCGAAGCUAGUGCCAAGGAUAACUUUAAUGUGGAUGAAAUCUUCCUGAAGCUUGUGGAUGAUAUUCUUAGCAAGAUGCCUCUGGAAGUUCCCAACAAGGAGCUUUCCAACAGUGUCCUGUCUCUGCAGCCUGAACCGGAAGUGCCUCCGGAGUUGCCCCCACCUCGCAUGCGCUGUUGCUGAGAGUCAGAGUGGUCCCCCAUCCUUCGCACACACACACACACACACACAC